AUGGAUCCCAAGAUCAAAAAGCGCGUGCUCAACAUAAUCAAGCACGAUCGCACAUCCGCCUCGGAACUAUCCGAAGUCAACGUCCUGCUCGGCGAGGUGUUUGCCGUGGCGGCCGAGAAGUUUUGCGAGGACAACAACGUCGAUAUGAAGUCGCUCGACGCCAUCGGCUCUCAUGGGCAGACCAUCUGGCUCGCCAGCAUGCCACAGAAUGGCGUUCCAAAAUCGGCUCUUACCAUGGCCGAAGGCACCAUUAUCGCGGCCCGUACCGGUGUCACUACCGUGACUGACUUUCGCGUUUCUGAUCAGUCGGCCGGUCGUCAGGGCGCCCCGCUGAUCGCCUUCUUCGAUGCGCUGCUUCUGCACCACCCGAGAAAGCUGAGGGCGUGUCAGAACAUUGGCGGCAUCGCCAACGUGUGCUUCAUCCCACCCGAGGGACCUGAGCACGCCUUUGACUUUGAUACUGGGCCGGGAAAUGCCCUCAUUGACGCUGUGGUCAGACAUUACACGGCGGGCGCGAUGGAGUAUGACCGCGACGGUGAGAUGGGGAAGCGCGGAACUGUAUGCCAGCCUCUCGUCGAUGAUUUCCUUAAGUCCAUACCGUACUUCUCGUGGGAUCCGCCCAAGACGACGGGACGGGAGGUCUUCCGUGACACGCUGGCAGAUGAUUUGAUCCGUGACGCCGAGGCACUCGGCCUGUCUCCGGAUGAUGUUGUCGCGACGGUCACGAGGAUCACGUCACAGGCCAUUGUUGACCACUGGCGACGGUACCAGCCCGGUGGGCGCCAGGUGGACGAAGUCUUCAUGUGCGGCGGUGGCGCGUAUAACCCCAACAUUACGGACUAUAUGAAGGAGCAGCUGCCUGGUGUCAAGAUGUUCAUGCUCGAUGACGCGGGCAUCCCUGGCGGUGCGAAGGAGGCCGUCACAUUUGCCUGGCAGGGCAUGGAGGCCAUUGUUGGGCGGAGCAUCCCUGUGCCUGACCGUGUGGAGACGAGAAGACCAUAUGUUCUGGGCAAGGUGAACCCUGGUGAGAAUUACCGCAAGGUCAUGAGCAAGGGCAUGGCGUUUGGAGCUGGGCGGGAGGAGCUGUCGUGGGUGACUGCGAUGGUCAACCAUGUGGACGGCAAGGUAUUUGAUAAUCAGUGGUGA